GUCAUUUUACCCCCGAGCAUAUGGCCAAGUAUCCCAAUGAGAUUUCAGUCAUAAUUCUCGUUAAAAAAGUUUUGAACAAAAAUUUACAUACAAAGAAAAAAUCGAUUGUACAAAAAGAUGUGUUUGCGGCUAUUGGGAAGUUGUCUCUGUUGCUGCUGCCAAUUGGGGUUGAAAUUGCUGUGCCUAUUAGUCUUUUCCGUCUUCGGAGUACUACUCAUAGCGGCACUAGUCGUGUACUUUUGUUUCUUCCACAACAAAUCGGAAAAGACGACAACAUUGGAUGAUACUAGCACUCUUAAAAUGGAAACCCCAAAAUUAUUCAAAGUAUUACUUCACCGACUAGUAGACAGAAUUUAAGAUACCUCAGUUGAAACUGAGAAUUAUAAGAGAUUAUGACUAGAAAGAAUUAUGACUGGAAAAUUCAAUACCUGGAAAUUAUAUAUAAAUAAUAUUAAUAACCGAUUUUAAUAAAAAUUUUAAGAGUUCUUAUCCCAA